GAGGGCCAGCGCCAGGCGGCACGCACAGGGCGCAUGUUUGCCGUGGGCUGCAGCAUGGGGCCGCUGAUGCACUUCUGGUACCUCUGGCUGGACGCCGCCUUCCCGGCGCGGGGCGUGCGGGGGCUGAGGACGGUGCUGAAGAAAGUCCUCAUCGAUCAGCUGGUGGCAUCGCCUGCCCUGGGUGCCUGGUACUUCCUAGGCAUGGGCACGCUGGAGGGCCAGAGCCUGGAGGCGAGCUGGGAGGAGCUCAAGGAGAAGUUCUGGGAGUUCUACAAGGCUGACUGGUGCGUGUGGCCCGCGGCGCAGCUCCUCAAUUUCCUCUACGUCCCCCCGAAGUACCGGGUGGUUUAUGUCAACGUGGUGACGCUGGGCUGGGACACCUACCUCUCCUACCUCAAGCACAGGCCCAAACCAGCGCCGGUUGCGGAGCAGGAGGCGCAGCGCGGGAAGCAGCGCGGUGCUGGGAUGUAGCAGCGUGGAGAAGCUGCCCCUGAAGCCGGGCGAUGUCUUCGGAAGCUCCUGCCCGUGCUGCUGGGGUCUCUGGGCAGCCAGCACCGCC